AUGCCUAAAUACGAAGCUACGGAGGGCUGCUACAUUUCCAGUAAAAUGAAGCGCAGCGCAUUCUCACAUUGUACCAAGACAAUUACACAUAACGGCCAGACCCGGACGGAGGACUUCCUGCUACCCACUAGUGUCUCUACCUCGACUUAUACCACGACUUUCACUAGUGACGAUGCCGAAGACCCGACUGCUAUCUCGUGGCUACCUAUGGUAAUACUAGUGCAUAAGCAAUCAGAUGUUACAUCCAAUAGCGCUGGCUCUGCAUCUAGUAGCGCCGACUUGACGUCCAAUGCUGCUGCGAAAUUGGGAACAAAGACCUCUACCUGGGAUGAACUGGGAACUGUUAAAGGGGUUUCUGCUGCAGCAGUGGCGCUCGGUGCAGCCAUUGCACUUCAUUGGUAG